UUGCCCUUCCCGCUUCCCAUCAUCAUCGCCGUCGCCCGGCAAGCCAUGGCUGGAGAACGUUACUCACACUAGGAGCAUUUCAUCUAUAAAUUACAUAAAACCGCCUCCAAAAGGAGCAAAUAAACAGUUUUCCGUCCGCGAUGCAGCUGAGCAGCCGGGCUAAGCAUCUGCUACACUGCUGUUUGUGUGUUGGGCUCAUCCUCACAUUCGAGAUAUUUACGGGAGGCAUCCACCUGUGGAAGUUUGGCUUCGAUGACGUUGACCCCGUGGCUCAAUAUGGCUGGUUUGCUACGGCGCUGUUAUACCUCCUUCGGCUGCUCACGUUCCUAGCACUGCCACAGUGUAUCUGCAACUGCCUUGGACUGCUCUUGUACAAUGCCUUUCCAGAAAAGGUUAGACUAAAAGGCUCCCCUCUUCUCGCCCCCUUCAUCUGCAUCCGUAUCGUUACCCGCGGCGAUUAUCCGGACCUGGUCAAGGGCAACGUCAGUCGGAACAUGAACGUGUGUGCCGACGUCGGUUUAGAAAAUUUCAUCAUCGAGGUCGUCACCGACAAGGCCGUAAACUUGCCUAAGCACCCGCGGAUUCGCGAGGUGGUGGUCCCUUCAACGUACAGACCGAAGAGCGGAGCCCUGUUCAAGGCGAGGGCGCUGCAGUACUGCCUCGAAGACGACGUCAACAUCCUCGGGGAAGACGACUGGAUCGUGCACCUCGACGAGGAGACGUUGAUGACCGAAGAUUCCGUACGGGGCAUUCUCAAUUUUGCCCUCGACGGAAAGCACGACUUUGGCCAAGGUCUGAUUACGUACGCCAACGAGCAGGUCGUCAACUGGGUCACCACGCUCGCCGACAGUUUCCGCGUAGCAGACGACAUGGGCAAGCUGCGCUUUCAGUUCAGCUUCUUCCACCGACCCCUCUUCAGUUGGAAAGGGUCGUACGUGGUCACUCGGGCCGGCGCCGAGCGUAAGGUGUCGUUCGACCACGGCCCGGACGGCUCCAUCGCGGAAGAUUGCUUCUUCAGCAUGGUCGCCUACCGGGAGGGCCACACUUUCGACUUUAUCCCGGGUGAGAUGUGGGAGAAGAGUCCCUUUUCCUUCUGGGACUUCCUGCAGCAACGGAAGCGCUGGCUGCAAGGAAUCUCGCUCGUCGUGCACAGCGUCGCGAUCCCUUUCCGAAACAAGAUCUUCCUCGGGAUGGCCCUCUACGCGUGGGCGACGAUCCCUCUGAGCACGUCAAACGUCGUGAUGGCGGCCCUCUUCCCGAUCCCGUGCCCGACGCUCAUCAACUUCCUGUGUGCCUUUGUGGGUGCGAUGAAUAUCUACAUGUACAUCUUCGGAGUGAUCAAGUCUUUCAGCCUCUACCGUCUGGGGCCCAUUCGCUUCCUGCUCUGCCUGAUGGGCGCGCUGUUGACCAUUCCAUUCAACAUCAUCAUAGAAAACGUCGCGGUGCUCUGGGGGUUCUUCGGGAACAAGCACCGCUUCUACGUCGUCACCAAGCAGCUGAAGCAACCCGUCACCGUGUGAUGACACCCACCCCUGCUAGUCCUCUGCAUUGCCCACUGCUGGUUGGUUGGCAAUACCGCGUCAUCCCCGUAUUCACCCGUUCAUCGUAAAGAGCUAUUCUCUUUUUUUUUUUCUUGGAAGCUGCUUUUUCUUUUUUCUUUUCUUUCCACAAAGCGACUCCUCCGUUUUAGCCAGCAACUAGAUAGCGAACAAAAAAGUCAAGAUAGUGUUCUCGCGAUACAAAUAUAACGUCUCAUUACUAUUAGGGUAGCAAAAUGCCACAAUAUGCCAAUCUCUCAUUGUUCUGUAUCAGCAUUGAGCUGCGUAUUAGCAUUACCGUCAGUAGCGCCAAAUAGCCCGCUGUAGUCUGCCAUCUUAAGUCUGCUUCUUGUUGGGUUGUAAUUCUGCCCUUUACAUAGAUCAUGUUGAACUUUGGUGCUGUGCGCAGCGGUAGACACACAAAAAAAAUUAGCCACACCGUUCUGCCGCAAAGAGUGUCGGCGGAGUGUCGCACACACGCAGUGAUCUGUCCAGGUGUUGCCGGUGCAACGAGUGAUUGCAACGAGUAACCUUUGUGCUCUGAAGGGUCAUGUACAAACUUUAGCAAGCACCGAUCCCUCAACAGAGCUGCUCACAGAUUUUAUGAGCAAUUUCACAGCCACCUCCGCACACUGCCGUAGUGUUUGUGGCGCCCUCUAGAGCCUGGUGGGACUGCGAAAUAGUACAAGUCUGAAGGUCAGCGCUCAGCGGUGACCCUCCCCCCACCCGUUUGUGUACGUGAUUGUCUCAUGUUCUCCAGGAUGAUAAAAAGUUCCUCGUCAUAAAUAAUGUAUUUCCUACCUCUUCCCUUCCCUUUUGUUGGAUUUUUAUUAAUGUUUACACGAGCUUGCAAUGUUGUGAUAGGAGUAUAUUGAUCUUUUUUUUUUUUUACUAUAAGUAUGAAUAAAGGUGAGCCAUAGCA